CCCCCCAAGUGAGACGGCAGGUGCAGUCCUCAGAGCAGCUCUAUUAUAAUUGGAUUACCCGUUGGAGUUGAGAGAGAGAGAGAGGGAACCGAUAAACUGAAUGUUCUUGCAUUCCCUUGGUCAGCGCAAAAGUGGUCUAGACAAGUCCCAGGUAACUGCUGAUUGUCUGGGGGGUCCUGACCAACUCCCAGGCUCAUUCCCUGCUGCCUGGACUUUGUGCACUCUUUUAAACGGGGUAUCACUUAUAUGGCUAGAAAAUUGAAAGUCACAGAGGGAGUCAAGAGUCUAUUAAUGUUAGGCAAUUACCACGCUAGUAGUGACCGCUUAGUGGUUACCUAUUAUUUGUUUAUUUAAAUAUUAUAGUUUAACAUGUGUUAAAUAGACAAUAAAAGGCUGUAGCAAGACUAGUUAAUUUCAGCUUAAAGACUAACUAAAAACAAUAUUGAAGCUAACACCAUCAGAAGGCUAAGUCAAGGAUGUCAGGUAGAACUUUUCAUUCUCGACAAAAUAUAAGUCUAAGCCUUGACAUGUUUUCAUUUCUGGCAAAACCAUUUCUGCCCAUCUAUUGCUAUUUAUAUAAUCCAACCACCGAGAAUAGUGUGCGCAACCGAUGUCUCCGCAGCCUGAUCAGCUUCGUUUUGGGCCUAGCUCUGGGUUACCUCCUCUGGAAGCUGGUGGCAUUGAACUUCAGCUUGGGCCGACUGUUCUCCCAUGGACGCACUGAAGUCUCAGCCCUUACUAUCUUUGUCCUGCUGACCGGAACGGCCUUUAUGUUGAUCCGAUCUGUUCGGACUAUAAUAAUGCUGAUAUUUGUAGCUUUGGUUGGCAAAUCUGGAAGGACCUAUCUGCGAGCUGUGGCCUUUGCCUUUAUAAUAUCAGGACCUAUUGCAAAUCUAGUUGAUAAUGCAGAAGAGGUGGCCAGAGUGUUUGUCUGCACUACGGUAUUAACGUAUAAUCUUUCCAAAACACGAUUUGAUUUGAUGGCCAAACCGUUUACCAACACACUGAGGCACAUGCGAGGAGAUGUUGAGGAGAUACGACAGACCUUUUCGGAGUUGCAAGGAGUUCUUGGGGAUCUUAAGUACGCCGUAGAGAAUUCCGAUAUCGAAGAUGAGAAAUUUGGUGAUAAGAAGUCUAAACCCUCCUAUGCAAGAUGGGCAAGAGAAUCUAAGAAGGUGAACAUCAGUAAACCUGGUAUAGACGGUAAGGAGCUUCCAACUGCCGCUGAGGUUCAGGAGCGUUUUCAGCGGAAUAUGAGAAACCGCUGCAAGCAUCAACUGAGUAGCGGCCAUAGGGUGUGCUUGGAAAUAUUUCGAAAGGGUUACCGGAAGUGCACCACCAAUUUUCCCUCUUUGAUAGGCAAGGCCAUCUGCUGGCCCUACCGCGUGGAUAUCAUUUGCGAACUGGACCUCUUUGGCAAUCCGGACAAGAUAUGUGACCCAUCAGAGGUGAUACCACGUAACUUCGGCGAGACCUAUGUGGAGUUACUAAAAGCUGAGAAGGAGCUCUUCGAUAACAGCUCACAAAUAGAGGUCAACUAUGAAAUCAGAGAUAAGGAACUGGUCAAAAGCAAACUAAAGUCAGCGGAAAUAACCGCAAAGGCCUUUACGGAUGACUUUGACCGACGAAAGCGUAAAUUUAACAAAGUAAUGGGAGUCCUGCAAAAGAUUUUAAGUUUGUUUAUGCUGCGAUUGGUUUUUGUUUCUAUACACUAUUACUAUUAUUAUCUGAACGAUGUGGAAUUCGAUAACUUUUAUAUUACAGAAUAUUUUAAGCACGUGGACAGGCGGCGCAAGAAUAAUCGUGAUGAUGUUAUCUUACCUCUGCACACCUAUGAGAAAUCCUUGUACAUUGACCUGGAUCACAUCUUCAGUCGUACUCAAGAGGAGUCCACCACUGUCUUUUUCAGUUUGUUGCAGUUUUUGCUGGAAAUUGUUACAGCGGGCUUAUUUAUUCUUAUUGAUCAUUUGGUUGUUGAAUUGCUGCUCAUUAUCCGCCAGCGAUCAAUGAUUACCUACCACCAGGAGGGUGAGCAUGAAGUGCGAUUUAAUAUCAGUGGCGUGGGUCAAAUGGCGCGACUACUGCGCACCACCAUGCAUAACUUCAACAUCCACGAGAGGGUCUCCACCUCGCUGACCAACGAAGAGUGCUUACCAAAUCCCCAAGUACUGCCAAAAACGUUCUACUAUCAACUUUUAUUGCUAUAUCUGGUGAUUAUAUUGCUGAUCUAUCAGAGUACUACCUUCCUGCGAAUGAGACGAGUGAUCUGCAGCUUUUCCUACUACAAACGCGAAAAGCAACGAAUCCUUUUCCUCUACAACCGCAUCAUGCGGAAUCGCCUCAAUGCACUUAGGAAUUUAGUUCGAGAUGCUGAGGAUAACUUGGCUUCACAUCGCAUCCAGCAGAAAGUGAAUGUUUUCCUGUGGCUGCGCUUCUCAUGCCCCGCGAUAUUUAGUUGGCUUCGAGUCUUUAAGUUCGCUAAGAGGGUUUGCUUGGUUUGCCGGAAGUAUGAGGAUCCAACCUUCACCAUGUGCAACAAUUGUGACUUGCCAUAUUGUGAUGAUUGCGCCGAUGAUCUUAACAGCGUGUGUUUGCAAUGUGGCACGGUACUCACAAGGAUUUCAGGACAAUCUAGCAGCAGCGUUGAGGUUUUCUCAAAUAGGAAGAAGAAAUGAACGUCUCAAUGUUGGAAAAGGAUCAUCAAGGAUCAUAUAACUUUGUAUCUUUGUUAUUAAGUUUCAUUUGAUUCAAAUUAUUUAAGCCAUGGAAACUUUAGUUGGUAUCCUUAAAGAUUAGCCCUUGUAAGAUAGGUUAAAUGCAUUUUCCUAGCAUAUAUAAUUUAUAAAGCCUUUUAAUGACUUUACCAAAGUUUAUCUCGUAUGUGGAAACUUUUCCUUUUAAAUAGGAAUUUCCUCGUAAGGCCUCUCCCUUUGCAAUCAUCUUCUUAGAAAUUGGUCCCUUAAUCCCACUGGCACUACCCUUUAUUAACUGUCUUUCUGUAUGAUAAUCAUAUCUUCAACCUAAUUGCCAUUUUUCCAGUCUGUCAAACUUAAUUCUCAACAUUUAACCCUGGCCCUGGCCACUCCCAACUACUUCCUCGGCCGAUGGCACUGUCUGCCAGUUGUCUACUGUAAGUUGGAAAACAUUUUCUUUUGGAACAACAAGCAUCGCUCAAUUAGUUGUCCACCCUUUUGUCUGGGCCACCCUAAACGUCCCAUCCCGUCUGUCCCAGCAUAAUUAUGCACAUGUCUGUUGGCGGUGGAGCUGGAAAACUUUUUGUCCUUAGACAAACUUUGCUCAAGCGUCGCUGAUUCGAUUAUGCCACUGGAAAGUAAGCUACAGAGGAGCAUUUCGGGCACUACUUCGGAGCACUACACUCAACUGCAAGGAUUAAGUUACAAAAUUGUUAAUUAAAAAUAAUAAAAACGCUAAUUGAAGAAAUGCCUAAAGUAAUGUUGGAACUCCUUUUGCCAACGAACUGAAAGCGGUAACAAAAGUUUCUCGGUUGAAAAUUGUCUAGACUUUUUGGGAUCAGCCAAGAUGAUGAUGAUGGGGGAACGCUUUCGGGUACUUGCCUCACCGACGGACUGGGAUGAAACAGUUGCAACAAUGAUGACGACAAAGUCUCGCCCACGCCCUGUUCCAGUUUUAAUAUUCAUAAGGCUUUUGGCCUCUGCGUCGUCUGCCUGCAAUAAAAUAAUUAUGCAAACAUGGGAUGAUAAUGUGGAGGGUGGAGCGGUUUGGUGACGGAACCACAGACCAAAGGAGCUGCGUCUUUCCAUUGAAAUUUCACACAUUUCCCUGGAAAAAACGAGACCGAAAAAAUGCGCGAAAUUUUCUUACGAAAAACAAAUACCACAGCGAAGGUUGAAGAAUCCACAUUCAGACUCAACACUGGUCGACAUGCCGUGUGCAAAGGUGAUUAUUUGACGUUCACACCUUGUUGCAGGGACACCCCCUUCCACACCUCCGUUCGAGAUAAUGGGGCGAGGUCGUCGUCGACGCUCGUCGGCGGUUGUUGUGAUCAGCCACAGAAG